GUGUUGAUGUUGUACUGCAGUGUUUCAGGCUCACAUGGGUGGGGGUUAACUUUCACUUGCAUUACACCGGCUCCACUAAAGGCUGGAGUGGAAAAUCCUUGCAAAACGUUGCAAAGGCAGCGUGAGGUGUCUUGAACGCAGCCCUGCUCGGAGUACUACAGUAACACUGACUACAGUUGCUUUCAUUUUUUUUUUUUCUCUCUCCUCCUUCCUCCUCUUCUCCUCUCCUCUCCUCUCGCGAUAGAGCGGCGGAGUGGUUUGACGGGCAGUCGAGGUUGCAGCAGGCAGAGGGAGACGGUGGAAGGUAAAGCAGGGAGGCAGCAUCAUGGCGGACAGAGACAGUGGCAGUGACCACGGAGGGCCCACCGCAGGCCCCGGCUCGCUGCCCCCGGGUGCGAUGGGUGCCAUGUCCCGGCUGCAGCACGACACCGAGGAGCUCGCCUCCAAGCGCGUCGACAUCCAGAACAAGCGCUUCUACCUUGACGUGAAGCAGAAUGUUAAAGGCCGCUUCCUAAAGAUAGCCGAGGUCGGGGCUGGGGGAAACAAGAGCCGCCUCACUCUCUCCAUGUCGGUCGCCGUGGAGUUCCGCGAUUAUCUCGGGGACUUUAUCGAACAUUACGCCCAGCUGGGCCCGACCAACCCGGACAUGGUGCAGGAUGAGCCCCGGCGGGCGCUCAAGAGCGAAUUCCUGGUGCGGGAGAAUCGGAAAUAUUACAUGGAUCUGAAAGAGAACCAGAGGGGGCGGUUCCUGAGGAUCCGGCAGACCGUUAAUCGGGGGCCCGGAUUGGGAAGCGCGCAAGGCCAGACCAUCGCUCUGCCGGCGCAGGGUCUCAUCGAGUUCCGCGACGCUUUGGCCAAACUCAUCGACGACUACGGCGUGGACGAGGAGCCGGCGGAGCUCCCGGAGGGCACCUCGCUCACGGUCGACAACAAGCGCUUCUUCUUCGACGUGGGCUCCAAUAAGUACGGGGUCUUCAUGCGGGUCAGCGAAGUGAAGCCCACGUAUCGGAACUCCAUCACGGUUCCGUGCAAAGUGUGGUCCAAAUUCGGCAACACCUUCUGUAAAUACGCGGAGGAGAUGAGGAAGAUCCAGGAGAGGAGUAGAGAGAAGCGGGCCUCGGAACUGCUACCUGAGGGCCCGCACGGCGGGGAUGACGGCGACGAUGACUGACGCGGAGACAGAGACAGAGAGAGAGAGAGAGAGAGAAGAGACGUGAGACACCGAGACAAAACUGAACUAUGAGAGAGAAAACCGAGACUUUUAACUGUAAAAUAGAAAGAGAAAUUUCCAAGGGAAUCACCCGACACACACAACCUCCACAGACAUGGCAGCACCUCUGCUGUCUCCUCGCUCAUUUUACUGGAUGUCACCCCACUUACCACCCAUGUAACAGUAAGCCGCUGCUAUUCAAGGAUUGAACUGUAAGAUAUGAACUUGUUUCCUACUUGAUUUAAAAGAAGAAAAACAAAACAAAACAAACGACAAUGAACAGAGUGUUUAUAUCUCUAUAAAACGACAGAUUUUGCACACAUCAAAAAAGAAAGAAAGAAAGAAAGAAAGAAAGAAAGAAAGAAAGAAGCUAUUUCGAGAUGAGAUUUUCAAAAAAGUGGUCAUAUGCUAAAAGAUUUAAAUCCAACAUAAGAAACCAGAGGUCUAUUAUAUGAAAUGACAGUCUUCAUGUAGAACGAAUAUUUGACAUCAGCACAAAGAGAAUAUAUUAUGGACUUUAUGAGAAACCAAAAUCUGAUACCAGAUGUAUAGUUUAUUAUAAAACAAACGAAAAAAAAAAGGUACGCAGAAAUAAUAAAUAUGAAAGCGCUCUUUAAAUAAAAAAGUGUAUGAACGCAGCACUCACAGGCCUGUAAACACCUGUCAGCAUGCGUGUGUAAAAGGCUCAUGUUUUGAAAAAAGAAGUUUGGCAAAGUUAGGCUAUUAGUCUUUAUAAAUAUGACCUGAACAGUAGUGAGGCUAUAAAACGAGAAGCAUUUCUAAAUCACGCCAUUGUUUGGAAAUGUGGAGACUUCUUUAACGAGUUGGAAUAGCCUAUUUUGUGCGCCUCAAACAAACAAACAAACAAACAAACAGACAAACAAACAGACAGAUGGGAUAAAACUCUUUAUCUCGGAGCUACUAUAUUGAUAUCAACCCUCUUGCACCAUGUCCAUAUAAACUUAAAUGAGAAAAAAAAAGUGCUAACUUAGAUGUACUAAUUAUGAUUUUGUGAAUCAGCUGUAAAAAAAAAAAAAAA